AUGUGUCGAUGGUUUGCUUAUAUUGGUGAAGAGCCUACUCUUCUCGAAGAUAUUCUUAUCAAACCAAAACAUUCUAUUAUUAAACAAAUUGAUGAACAUUUUCUUCCAAAUCUUCAUAUUACUUAUGAUCCUCAUCUUUAUCGAAAAAAACUCAGUUCAGGUAUAGCAUCUGAUAGUCAUGGUCCAAAUCAUUUAACAAAUGUUGAUGGAUUUGGUUUGGGUUAUUAUACAGGUGCUACAGCUGACUUCAAUAAUGAUAAUGUAAAUAGACCAUGUGUCUAUAAAAGUACUCGUCCACCACUCAAUGAUCUCAAUCUGAUGUCUUUAUGUGCACAUACAUCAUCGAAAUGUAUAUUUGCACAUAUUCGUGCUGCCACUGGUCUAUCACCGGCAGUCGAAACAAACAAUCAUCCGUUUGUUUUCGGUAGAUAUUUAUUUAUGCACAAUGGAAGAGUAGCAAAUUUUUCAAAAAUUAAGAUUGCUCUAUUACAAAAAUUAUCUCAUAAGGCUUAUGAAAAUAUAUUUGGAACAACAGAUACUGAACAUGUUGCUGCACUUUUCUUUACACAUCUGGGAGAUGAUUGGGAUAGUGAAUUACCUAUGAAAAAUCUCAAGAAUGCUAUGAUAAAGACUCUGCAAGAUAUACUUGCAUUGAUUCGAGAGAGUGCUAAGGAUAUGGAUGAAACACUUCUGCAUAGUUCUCUUAAUUUUGCUGUGACUGACAGUUGUCAAUUGCUUGCGAUUAGGUUUUUGUCGAUGGAAGACUUUGAACCUGCUUCUUUAUAUUAUUCAACUACAGCAGGACCUACGUACAAUCGAAAAUUUCCUGAUCAUCCUGAUGGAGAAACAUCUAAACAGAAAUCAGUACGAGCUACUCAUGAACAUGGAAAACAUGUUAUUGUAGCAAGUGAACCAAGUACAUAUAAAACAAAAGAUUGGCAUUUGGUACCACCGAGUUCGUUUGUUCUUGUUGACAAAAAUUUUAAUGUUAUAAUUGAAAAUAUUGAUUUGUAA